AUGGAAGUUGAAAUCAUUUCAAAAGAGUUCAUCAAGCCAUCUUCAUCAGCAACUCAACAUCAAAAACCUUAUAAACUCACCUUUUUCGACCAACUUCAGCCUGCAGUUUACUUCCCAGUCAUUUUCUUCUUCCCCAUGAAUGAUUCUAAAUCCCAUAUCAAUCAAACCCUAACCCAUCUAAAAAAAUCUCUUUCGGAAACCCUAAAUCUCUACUACCCACUUUCUGGAAGGCCAAAUGAUGAUAAUAUCUUCAUCAGUCGAUUCCAAGAAGGACUUCCUUUUAUCGAAGCGAAAGCGAGUUGUUCCAUGUCUGAUUUCCUAAAGCUCCAUGAAACUGAGUCACUAAACAGUUUCCUUCCAUGUAGCCCCUACCACAAGGAAUUAGCCGUAGAAAUACCUUUACUAGCAGUUCAAGUAAGCAAAUUUACUUGUGGUGGAAUAGCUUUGGGCUGUUGUUUCUCACACAAACUCUUAGAUGCAGCUACAGCUUCAAAUUUCAUAGCUAGUUGGAGUUCUUUACAUCGAGGAGACCCCAACGGUGUUAUAAUGCCAGAUUUUGAGGAGCCAUCACUAUUUUUUCCUCCAAAAAUUCCAAUUCCAAGAACCCAAAUAUCGCUAAUGGAUACACUAUGUUUUGCCAAAGGCGAUUACAUUACAAGAAGAUUUGUGUUCAAUGCUGAAGCCAUAGAUACUCUUAAAGCUAAAGCAAAAGGCAAUGAAGUUGAUCAGACUGAACCAACCCGUAUCCAAACACUGUCGUGUUUCAUUUGGAAACAUUGUAUGGAAGCAACAAGGAUGUUAGCACAAUCUUCAUCAUCAAGUGCUUCAAACACAUCAGUUUUAAUUGAAUCAGUAAAUCUAAGGAAAAGGACAACGCCAGAAAUGAAAGAUGGGUCUAGUGGAAAUUUGAUUUGGGGUGCAGUGGCAAUUGCAGACCCAAAUGAUACAAAUCAAGAAUUGCAUGAACUAGUUAAAAUGUUGAGUGAAGCUAUUGCACUUUUCAAACCCGAUUAUACAGAGAGUUUUCAAGGUGAUAAUGGGUUUGAAACUCUGUCUCAGUAUUUUGAAACGAUAGAGUUACUCUCAAUGGAAAAUCCAGAAGUUUUUGUAUUUACGAGCUGGAGUCGUAUGAGUCUUACGAGGCCAGAUUUUGGAUGGGGAGAGCCUUAUUGGGUUGGUGUUAUGGGUAAAGUUGGAGAUUUAUCUAGAAAUAUGACAAUAUUUGUUGAUGCAAAAGAUGGAAAAGGGAUUGAAGCUUGGAUUACUUUAGAUGACAAAAGGAUGGAGAUAUUACAGCAAAAUCCCGAGUUCUUGGAAUUUGCCUCCGUAUCCAAGGUUUUCUAG